AUGAACCCUCAAGUCAGUAACAUCAUCAUCAUGUUGGUCAUGAUGCAACUCUCCCGUCGUAUAGACAUGGAGGACCCAACCAUCAUCAUGUACAUUAGAAUCCUAUACUGUUCUUCCAUUGGUAUCUCCUGGAUCAUCUACCAAAUGGCCAGAAAGAGAAUUGUCGCUAAAAACGACAUGACCACCAUGAAGUACGUCGAACCCGGUAAUGCCAUGUCCGGCGAAGGUGAGAAACUGCAAGUUACUACCGUCAGAGACUACGAUUUGAAGGAAAUAGACGGUGCUAUCAAGUCUAUCUACACUGGUAUGGCUAUGAUGGGUUUCAUGCAUUUGUACUUGAAAUACACCAACCCAUUGUUUAUGCAAUCCAUUUCUCCGGUGAAAAGCGCUCUGGAACACAACGAAGUGAAAAUCCAUCUUUUCGGUAAGCCUGCCACUGGCGAUUUGAAGAGACCAUUCAAAGCUCCAUCUUUGUUUGGUGGUAUGGGUCAAAGUGGUCCAAAGACCGACAAGAAAUCUAUUGAAGAAGCUGAAAGAGCUGGUAACGCUGGUGUUAAGGCUGAAUGA